AAUAGCGACAGCUUUGUAGCUGGCCGGAUAGCCUCUUGAUCUUUUAAUCGUCUUUGGUUUGUCUAACCAUCGAAGAUGGCGGCGCUUGUGGGGUUGCGCGCAUGUAUCUCCGCCCUUCAGCUUUCCUCGCCAAGCCUCCUGCACAGCUCCGUCAGAUUGUGUGCUGUGCCUCUGAGUCAGCGCACCUUUGCUGCAGAGGCUAAGAAGACAUACAGUCGAGACAAGCCACAUGUGAACAUUGGAACAAUCGGCCAUGUUGAUCAUGGCAAGACCACCCUGACUGCAGCCAUCACAAAAGUGCUUGCUGACGCUGGUGGUGCUCGCUAUAAAAAGUACGAAGACAUUGACAAUGCCCCAGAGGAGAAAGCCAGAGGAAUUACCAUUAACGCCUCUCAUGUAGAAUACACCACAGCCAACAGACAUUACGCUCACACGGACUGCCCUGGUCAUGCGGACUAUGUCAAGAAUAUGAUUACAGGCACGGCUCAGAUGGACGGCUGCAUCCUGGUGGUGGCAGCCACUGAUGGCCAGAUGCCUCAGACACGCGAGCACCUCCUGUUGGCCAGGCAGAUCGGUGUUGAGCACGUGGUGGUUUUCAUCAAUAAGGCCGACGCCGUGGAAGACAAGGAGAUGCUGGAGCUGGUGGAGAUCGAGAUCCGCGAGCUGCUCACAGAGUUCGGCUACGAUGGCGAGAACACACCUGUUGUGAUAGGCUCCGCCCUAUGCGCCCUGGAGAACAAAGAGCCUGACCUGGGUGUGAAUGCAGUGAUGAAACUGCUGGAGAUUGUGGAUUCUUACGUUCCUCUGCCCAAGAGAGAGCUGGAGAAACCUUUCCUUCUGCCAAUUGAAGGGGUAUAUUCUAUCCCAGGCAGGGGUACAGUGGUGACAGGCACUAUGGAGAGGGGUAUCAUCAAGAAAGGAGACGACUGUGAGUUUUUGGGUCACAAUCGUAGCUUCAAGUCUGUGGUUACAGGUAUCGAGAUGUUCCACAAGUCUCUGGAUCGGGCAGAGGCAGGCGAUAACCUGGGCGCUCUGGUCCGAGGCCUGAAGAGGGAGGAUGUGAGGAGAGGGAUGGUGAUGUGCAAACCAGGAUCCAUCAAGCCUCACCAGAAAGUCAAGGCCCAGGUGUACGUUCUGAGCAAGGAGGAGGGAGGCAGACACAAACCGUUUGUCACCAACUUCAUGCCCGUCAUGUUCUCUCUAACCUGGGAUAUGACCUGCAGAAUCACGCUGCCCACUGAAAAGGAAAUGGUGAUGCCAGGAGAGGACACUUCCUUGAUUCUGACGCUUCGCCAACCGAUGAUUCUGGAGAAAGGCCAGAGGUUCACUCUGAGAGAUGGAAACCGAACCAUCGGCACCGGCCUGGUCACAGACAUCCUGACUUUUACAGAUGAGGACCAGUGCAACUGGGGCUGAAGGGAAACACACAGAGAGCUGGGGGCCGGUGGUGGGGGUGGGGGGGUGUCUCUGGGUCUGGUCAAAUGAAUCUAGAAAUCUAGAAAUAUACAAAUACAUAAACUCAUGCACAGGAAGAGGAGAGGACUCAAAAGAAUGCAUGGCUCUGUGUUCAUUUUCACCCAUACAAAAUACUGGUUUAGCAGUGUCUUUGUGUUUGAAGACCCGACUGUCAAAAUUAUGUCAUUUACGUAAUAAAAUGU